AUGGCUUGCACCAGGAGAACCAAAACUUUGGUGUCCACAUGCGUGAUCCUGAGCGGCAUGACCAACAUUGUUUGCCUUCUCUAUGUCGGAUGGGUGACUAACUACAUCGCGAACAUUUACAUCAAGGUCCCCAUGCCUUUAGCGGAGGGAAAGUUGGAAGGGGACAAAAAAGGUGACACUCUCCGGAUCAUGGAGCGAUUGGAUCGGCUGGAGAGCGUGGUGAACCAGCACAUCCAGGAGACACCGGGGAAGGCAGAGGAUGGUCAGCCAGACACAUCCUUCUCUGACUCAUCCCUGUUUGUUCACUGGGGCCAGGAGCUCAGUCCGGACAACCGGAGGGUGGCUCUGAAGAUGUUCCAGUACUACGGAUAUAACGCCUACCUCAGUGAUCGUCUGUCCUUAAGCAGACCCAUUCCCGACCUCAGGCCCGAUGGGUGCAGAAACAUCACUUAUCCUCUGAACCUCCCUCAAGUGAGCAUUGUGUUCAUAUUUGUGAAUGAAGCCUUGUCAGUCAUCCUGCGAUCCAUCCACUCUGCCAUCAACAGGACACCGUCACACCUUCUUAAGGAGAUAAUCCUGGUGGACGACAACAGCAAUAACGAUGAGCUCAAGGAAAAGCUGCAGGACUUUGUGUCGGAAACAAACAGUCAGCGUCCAGGAUUCAUUAAGAUAGUGCGGCAUGCCAAGCAGGAGGGCUUGAUCCGGUCCAGAGUGAGUGGAUGGAGGGCCGCCACUGCCUCUGUUGUUGCCCUAUUUGAUGCCCACGUUGAGUUCAAUGUCGGCUGGGCUGAACCCAUUCUGCUGAGGAUUAAAGAGGACAGAACACGCAUAAUCUCCCCAUCAUUUGACAACAUCAAGUACGACACGUUUGAGAUCGAAGAGUACCCACUGUCCGCCCAGGGCUUUGACUGGGAACUGUGGUGCCGCUACCUCAAUCCACCCAAAUCCUGGUGGCACAGGGGAAACAAAAGUGCCCCAAUCCAGAGCCCAGCUCUGAUUGGCUGCUUUGUGGUGGACAGACUGUACUUUGAGGAGAUUGGGCUGCUGGAUGAAGGCAUGGAGGUGUACGGGGGAGAAAAUGUGGAGCUUGGCAUCAGGGUGUGGCAGUGUGGGGGCAGUGUGGAGGUCCUGCCCUGUGCUCGUAUAGCCCACAUUGAACGCGCUCACAAACCGUACACUGAGGAUCUGACAUCCCACGUUCGGCGAAACGCUCUCAGAGUAGCAGAGGUCUGGAUGGAUGAGUUUAAAAGUCACGUCUACAUGGCUUGGAAUAUCCCGAUUGAGGACUCAGGCAUUGAUAUUGGAAGCAUCUCUGAGAGGAAAGCGCUGAGGAAGAGGCUGCAGUGCAAGACUUUCCGCUGGUACCUGGUCAACAUCUACCCUGAGAUGAGGAUGUACAGCGACAACAUCGCGUAUGGAGUGCUGAAAAACUCCCUGAAGAAUGACCUGUGUCUGGACCAGGGACCCGACAAUGACAACGUCCCCAUCCUGUAUCUUUGUCACGGGAUGACGCCGCAGAAUGUGUACUACACCAGUAACCAGCAGUUCCUUGUCGGGCUGCUCAGUCCCACCAUUGACGAUGACGACAACAAGUGCCUGGUGGACGUGAAUGGCAGGCCACGCCUCAUUGAGUGCAGCUACGCGGCAGCCAAACGCAUGAAGCUCCACUGGCUCUUUACUCAGGGAGGAUCCAUUCAGAACAGAAAAUCAAAGAGAUGCCUAGAGCUUGUGGUGAGCAGCGACAAUGAGUUUGGCUACCAACUGGCUCUGCAGAAAUGCACUGGACAGAAAUGGUUCAUCACAAAUGUGCUGUUUAGCAACUUGCUGUGAUCGAAUGCAGAAUGAAAACACAGGAGUCUUUUUGAGAGCAUGCUCGUGUGUACCUGGCUGCAUAUCAGCGCUGUGUGAAAGGACAAGAAGCGAGAAAGCGCUGCAUGGUUGGUGAGUUCAUUUUGAGCCACGAUGUCCUCUGAUGAGUGGCCAUCAUUUCAUCCUAAAUGUUAACCAUUUUCUUUCACCAACAGGAUCAGCCAUAGGUUAAGGAUAUUUUGCAUAUUUGACAAGAUAGUAUAUUUAGUAUAUUUUAUGGUAAAUGUAUUUUAGUCAGAUUUCUGUUGACCUCAAAGAUGGAUUUGUUUUCGUUUCUUUUUUGUUUUUUUGUUUAAAUUUGCUACUGUGUAGCAAGCUCUCUAAAUCUGUAUUUUUUAUUUUGUUUUAGUGUCUCAGGUUUGUAGCUUUACUACUUGAUGAAGCUGUACAGUUGUGAGAAAUGUUGAAAUAAAUCGUAGGAUGAUAUUUUAUAAAUGUAAAAAGAUUUCUUAAAUGUAUAUCAGAAAAAGAAACUGAUGGAACUACUGAUUACAAGUGCCUUUUAUCGUUGUUGCCCCGAGGCACAAACAGUGUCUGAUAUUACUGAAAUUAAAAAGAUUUGGAACUAAAAUGAA